AUGCGCGCAGCGUGGAAGAAAGCCGACGAGUAUUUUACAAAGCUAGACUUGACGCCCGCCUACUACGCUGCUGUAGUACUCCACCCCUACUACAAAACAUACUGCGAGAAGUCGUGGGAGCAGUGUAAGACUGAGUGGCUUCAAGCUAACAAUAAUAGCUUUCGCGCCUUAUGGGCUACUUGCAAUACUACUUUACCUACAAUACAGCGGCCGAAGAUAUACUCAAAUGAUAUUGACGACGUUAUUGACGGCAUUAUCGAUCCUACAACUACUGGCGACGACACUAUAGCCAACGACGAGUUUGAGCGAUGGAAGCAACAUGAGCCGCGCGCAGUAAGGGACUCUGAACACCAUAAUAAUCCAAUCAAAUACUGGCUGUCCGUAAGCGAUCGCUACCCACGUCUUAGUAAGCUCGCACUGGAUAUCCUCUCUAUCCCAGCGUCAAGCUGCGAGUGUGAGCGCGUGUUCAGCGAGCUUGGGGAUCUACUGCAGCCUCGCCGACGCGGGAUACAACCUCAGCUUUUGGCGGCGAUACAGUGCGUACGGCGGUGGCUCAAAGCUGGGCUGGGCAGCGACAGCGUCAGCGUCAGCCUCAAAGAUACUAGGACUGACAGCGAGUUAGACGCGCUGUAUAGUAUUAGUACAUGGGCUGACGAUAUCGACAGCGACGGCGAAACUCAACACCAAGAAUAG